UGUAUAAUAGAUCAUUUAUUUAUUUAUUUUCACAAUUGGAUUUAAAUUAGAUUGUUACUAUAGUUGGGUAGAAAGAAUAUACACAUCAAUAGGAUCCUAAAUUAUAAAUUACAAUAAAAAUGUCAGAUGUAAAUGCAACAGAAUCUGAAAUGUCAGAGAUAAACUCUGAAAAUACCAAUAACAAUCCAACAUCUGCAACUUCAAAAAUAACUACCCAAGAGAUUUUAAAAUCUGAAACUCAAAAAGAAAAAGAUGAAUUUUAUUUAAGAUAUUACGUUGGUCACAAAGGUAAAUAUGGCCAUGAAUUUUUAGAGUUUGAAUUUAGAUCAGGUAAUAAAUUAAGAUACGCAAAUAAUUCACAUUAUAAAAGUGAAAAUUUAAUUAGAAAAGAAGUUUGUGUUAGUGACAGCGUUCUUGCAGAAAUUAAAAAGAUUAUUUUAGAUUCAGGAAUUAUGCAGGAAGAUGAUAAAGAUUGGCCAGAACCAGAUAUUGUUGGUAAACAAGAGCUUGAAAUUGUUUUAAAGAACGAACAUAUUUCAUUUACUACUACUAAAAUUGGUUCGUUGAUGGAUGUCGAAAAAAGUAAAGAUCCAGAAGGUUUAAAGGUUAUGUUUUAUUUAAUUCAAGAUUUAAAAUGUUUAGUAUUCUCGCUCAUUGGUCUUCAUUUUAAGAUCAAACCCAUAUAAAAAAAAAUAAAAAAAAUAAUUCCAAAAUAAUAAUUUAAAUUUAUAAAU